AUGUUUCUGGCAACAUUUGAAAUAAUUUUAACACUGAUCGGGCCAGCGCUAAACGCGACAGGUACCGAAAUUGGCAGAAAAUCUAUAUCUGCGGAAAAACAACUGCUUAUUGCUUUAUGGUUUAUGGCUACUCCUGAUUCGUAUACAUAUCGUUUGUUACAAUUUUUCAUUUUUUAUUUUGUGGUUUAUUGUAGGUCUAUUUGCGUCAAAUUUGGAGUGGGUAAGGCAACGGCAUUUAGAAGCGUAAGACGUGUUACUUAUGCAUUGCAUUGCAUCGCGCCCCGAUUCAUCCAGUGGCCUGUCGAAGUUGCCGAUAAUGUAAUUGAUCAAUUUGCAAGAGUUUCUGGCUUCCCUGGUGUAAUCGGCGCCAUAGAUGGGACACAUAUCAAGAUUCGAGCACCACCAAUGGAUUCAGCUUCAUACAUAAACCGAAAAGGUUUUCCGUCUAUCAAUCUUCAGGUCAUUUGUGAUUCGCGUGGACUCUUUACGCACUGCUAUGCAGGUGAAGUGGAAUCAGUACAUGACGCUCGGGUUUUUAGAAACUCCCCAGUGAUAGAUUUUCUUGAGAGAUCUGAAGUGUACUUCCCGAACAAUUCCCAUAUUAUUGGAGAUGCGGCAUACGCAAUUCACCCGUGUGUAAUGGUACCGUUUCGAGACAAUGGACAUUUGACAAAACGUCAAAAAAAUUUUAAUUAUUGUCUAUCUUCAACAAGAAUGGCAGUUGAACGAGCGAUUGGUCAAUUAAAGAUACGUUUUAGAAUUUUAUUAGAUUGUUUACCAUUAACAGACGUCAAAAAGAUUCCUGAAUUCAUUAUAGCGUGUUGUGUGUUACACAAUAUUUGUAUAUUGCAAAGUGAUGUUAUAACUGUCGGUGUCCAACAUUAUGAACAUGAGGCACAAAUUCAUGGAAAUAACAAUGAGUUGGGGAAUGCUAAGAGAAUAACAAUAAUGAAUGCGUUGCAAAUGAGAUAA